AUGUCCGACAUUGACCAAACACGCAACGCUGGGCAAAGCCCAAAAUCGGCUGCGUCCCGAGGCACUUCACCUCACAACGCAAACAAUGUCACAACGCAAAUCACGCCAGCACUAGAUGCUGAAGAGCUCAGCGGAGAUGACCUUUCUGUCAGAGGCGAGAGCGUCGCAUCAUCAAGCACCAGUGUGACCAGCUCCGUUCUCCAGUAUCGGACAGAGAAUGGGCGAACAUACCAUGGCUAUAAAGAUGGCAAAUAUCUCAUGCCCAACGAUGACAGGGAAAACGAACGAUUGGAUAUUCAACAUAAUAUGUUCAUCCUCACCUUCGACAACCAAUUGGGACGUGCCCCAGUGAACGCGAAAGACACCAGUAUCAAGGUCGGUCGGGUACUUGAUGUUGGUACAGGGACCGGUAUUUGGGCAAUGGACUUUGCAGAUGAACAUGCAGAGUCAGAGGUCCUUGGUGUUGACCUUUCACCCAUUCAAUCAGCAUGCGUUCCUCCCAAUGUGACAUUCGAGAUUGACGAUAUCGAGGAGCCGUGGACUUUCUCGCAACCCUUCGAUUACAUUCACAGUCGCUUAAUGACAUCAACCAUUGGUAAUUGGCAGGAGUAUAUCCAGAAAUGUUUCGACAACCUGAACCCUAACGGAUAUCUUGAGCUCAAUGAGGUCGACCUGUACUGCAAGUCAGAUGAUGGUACACUUGCCGACGAUGCCGCCCUAAAUAGGUUCUCGAAGCUGUGGGGCGAAGCGGCUGUCAUGUUUGGGCAUGCAUUCCAGGACAACACCACUCUGAAAGACCUCAUGGCCGACGCCGGGUUUGUAGACAUUAACGUGAAGGUAUUCAAGUGGCCUUCCAACCCGUGGCCUCGGGACAGGAAACACAAAGAGCUUGGGUAUUGGAACCUCGAUAACUCUGUUGCUGGGCUCGAAGGUUUCAUGCUAGGUGCGUUAACGAGAGCCCAUAACUGGACCAAAGAAGAGGUUACAGUCUUUGCAAUGGAAGUCCGAAACGAGAUGAAGAACCCGCGCAUUCACUCGUACCAGACUUUGUAA